AUGUAUACAUCUGAGGGAGUCCCUGAUUUUGCUGUUGACCAAGGCAUGUAUUACCCAGUUGAUGCCAGUUAUGGUUAUUAUUGUACAGGUUAUGAAACACCCGGUGAUUGGGAGAACCAUCAGAUGUUUUUUGGUGUAGAUGGUUCUCAAGUUCAAUAUUCGGGUGGGCAGAAUGAAAAUUCUCCCUAUAUAUGCUAUACGCCUAGUUAUGGAUAUGCACAGUCUCCUUACAAUCCAUUCAAUCCUUACAUACCUGGCGCUUCAAUAGGCGUUGUUGAUUCUCCUUACCAGAAUGUUGCAUUGUCACCUACGUUUGUUCCGUAUGCAAUUCACCCUGAUAUCAUCUCGAGUACCUCUACAAACUCUUUGGUAGAGAGUGGUUCAGGUCAUAGGGGUCGAUCUGACGGAAGAGGAUCCAGGCAGAGAAAUGCUUCAGCAACAGAUGGACUCCAAAGGAAUGCUCCAAAACUCCCUGCAUCGAAUUCUGUGAACAGAUCCUCUGAGAAGCCAAGGCCUUACACUGGACAGAACAAACAGCUAGGAACCGAAAGGAGUGUUUCGACAGGAUUUUCUACUCACCAGGGAAGAGCUACUACUUCUGUUGGCGCUCAAACCGUUGACGUUGUUUCUAGUAGCAGAAUAUCGUCUUUUGGACAAUUAGACAUUGCUCCACCUGAACGUAAUGGUUUUUCAUCCACUGCAACAAACAAUAAUAAUCUUCGGCCCAAGCUGUAUGGUGGGCAUGCAAAUAUAAGUCCAGAUACAGGCAGUGAACAAAAUCGAGGUCCAAGAUCGAAAGGAUCGAGAAAUCAGCUAAUUGUUAAAGCUUAUACGACAAAAGCUGGAAACGCUGAUGCCGAAGGAAAUAUUGUUAUCGAUCCUAAUCAGUAUAAUAAAGAAGAUCUCCGAAUCGAUUACAAGAAUGCCAAGUGUUUUGUGAUUAAAUCGUAUAGUGAAGAUGAUGUUCACAAGAGCAUCAAAUACAGUGUCUGGUCAUCAACUUUGCACGGGAACAAGAAAUUGCAGAGUGCAUAUGAAGAUUCUCAGAGAAUAGCCACAGAGAAGUCUUGUGAAUGCCCAAUAUUCUUAUUUUUUUCUGUCAAUGCGAGUGGUUUGUUCUGUGGCAUGGCUGAGAUGACCGGACCAGUUUCUUUCAACAAAGACAUGGAUUUUUGGCAGCAAGACAAAUGGAGCGGAAGCUUUCCUGUCAAAUGGCACAUCAUUAAAGAUAUUCCCAAUAGCUAUUUCAGGCACAUCAUUUUGCAGAACAAUGAGAAUAAGCCAGUCACCAACAGUCGAGACACACAAGAGAUAAUGCUGAAACAAGGUCUGGAGGUGCUAAAAAUAUUCAAAAAUCAUGCGGAAAGGACUUCGUUACUGGAUGAUUUUCUUUAUUACGAAAACCGACAGAGAGUCAUGCAGGAUGAGAGAACCAGGCUGCCGUACAGGACCUUUCUUAGCCCUUCACCAAUACCCAGACCAGAUUUCUCUGACAGAAACAAGAAAGUCUCCACGGACGCCUUCAAGAUACCUUCAGUAACCUCUGCACAAACCAAAGAGGUUGCUCCAAAGUCAGAGGGGAACGAGGAAACCACCGUAAAGGAAGGUGCUGAAGAAGAUACUACUUCCAUUCAGAAGAAGAUCACCUCUCUCACCAUUAGCCCGACUGGUAUAGACUCCGACUCAACCACUGGUUCUCACCUUAACCAGUGUCAAGCUAAACCGACCCCCUCUGGCUCUGACCAGAAAACAGAGCCUUCUGAAGUGGCCGAUCCUUCUCUGUCUGAUGACAAUGAAAUUGUCAAAGUAGGAUCAGUGCCGAUAAAAGUUACAGCGUCUCCUGCAAUCGUAACCUUUGGCACUAUUCCUCUGGACCCCAAAUGA